GAUAUGUUCUUGUGGUUGAAUCCAACAUCCAGAGUCAAAGUGGCUAGAGCACAUGUGAGAUAAUCAGGAAGUUAGGUCUGUGUGUGUGCAGCAUCGAAGCUAAAAGCAGCUUCACCCUGUUUGCGUCUGACUCGAGGAGCUGCAUCUGAAUGUUUCCCAAAGAUCCAAGAGAAGAUAUGAGACCAGAAAUGUAAUAUUAGCUUUUUUUUAAUCACACUUAUUUCAUUUUGAUCAUGUAUGAAUGUUCUGUGUUAAAUCAAUAUUACAUAAAAAACAAAACAGAAUGCACACACCUUUCUAUUAUUCAACUUUUGUGUCUAUUUUUGGAGGCUUUGGCAAAGUUAUGUACAAACCCCUAACCAACCUUAUCUGUGAUGACACAGCGUGUGAGCAGCGUGCCCUAAAAGGUUCAACAUGUUGGUGUUGCUUUAUGUUGUGGUUUGUGCACACAGGGGCUGGUUAAUGACCCACAGCCCCCAGCCAUGUGGCAGCGCCCCGAGAGAACUGAGGGAUCAAUAAAGUCAAUCUUCUCGAUAUGUAUUUGUGUCAUUUAUUUCAACAUUGUGUAUGGUUAUUAUUACUGAGAAGUGUUAUUGUUCCUUCAAGAAUUUACAUUAUAAGGUGGAAUAAAGUUUUUUGGGGAUCAUCAUCAGAUUUUUUUCAAUUAAUGAGAAACAUUUACACAUUAUUAAACAAAGAGUAAAACAUAGAAGACACAUGAUUUCAUACAGAUCUGUUAUGUAACUUGGACUUAAGGUUCAUUUUAUGUAUUUAUUCUGUAAACAGAAGAUUUAAAAAAAACUAGUCAUGUGGUUGUCAAACGUGGUUAAUACAUAAUAAUAAUAAUAAUAAUAGGAAAUGUUGCUCCUCAGCAGGCAGCAGCACGUCAACUUUUGGCGCCCUUAUAAAGUGCUGACAUCAACAACAACAUGACCGCCAAGAUGGCUGACAGAGCAGAGCUGCUGCUGGAGCUGAAGCAGAGAGUUUCACAGUGUAUAGAAGAAGCCAAAGCAAAGCUCCACACACUCAGUAAGGACAUAUGGAGCUGUCCGGAGCUGGCUUAUGAGGAAAGCCGCUCUCAUGACACACUGGUGGCGUUUUUCAGUCAGGAGGAGGGCUGGAAGGUCGACAGUCACUUCAAACUCCACACUGCGUUUCGAGCCACCUGGGGAGCCGGAGGCAGCGAGCAGGUCAACGUGGGUUUUCUGUGUGAGUACGACGCCCUGCCGGGGAUCGGACACGCGUGUGGACACAACCUGAUAGCUGAGGUUGGAGCUGCUGCGGCUCUGGGGCUCAAAGCUGUGCUGGAGGACACACACGGGAAGCUCCCUGUCCAGGUGCAGCUGACGGUGCUGGGGACUCCAGCUGAGGAGGAUGGUGGUGGGAAAAUUGACUUGUUGAGGAAGGGAGCCUUUGACAACAUGGAUGUGGUGUUCAUGGCCCACCCCCUGCAGGAUGAUGCCCCAUAUCUCCCUCUGGUGGCUGAACAUGAUGUAACCAUCAAGUAUCACGGUAAGGCGUCUCAUGCCUCAGCCUACCCAUGGGAGGGAAUCAAUGCGCUGGAUGCAGCUGUGCUGUGCUACAACAACCUGUCUGUGCUCAGACAGCAGAUGAAGCCAGACUGGAGAGUUCAUGGUAUCAUAAAGCACGGUGGCGUGAAACCAAACAUCAUCCCUGCCUACGCUGAGCUGGAGUACUAUCUGAGAACCCCUUCACGAGCUGAGCUUCACGUCCUGAAGGCGAAAGCUGAGAUGUGUUUUAGAUCAGCUGCCGUGGCAACUGGCUGUGAGGUGGAAGUGGAGUAUGCGAGAAACGCUUUUGACAACAUACUGCGAAACACAACUCUGGAAGAUUUGUAUGAGAACAAUGGCAAAGCUCUGGGCAUGGAAUUCACCACAGAUGAAGAAGUCCUCAGCAAUGCUUCUGGCUCUACUGACUUUGGCAACGUGUCGUUUGUAGUUCCUGGCAUCCAUCCGUACUUCUACAUCGGCUCUAAGGCCCUGAACCACACAGAGGAAUACACCGUGGCCUCAGGCGAUGACAGAGCUCAGUUCUUCACCCUGAGGACGGCGAAGGCUCUGGCCAUGACGGCCCUGGAUGUGCUGCUGAAUCCGGAGCUGCUGCAGAGAGUGAAACAAGAGUUCACUGAGGCCAAACUGAAGGAGGACGGGACGCUGACAGGAGAGCACACAGAGCUGUCUGAUAAACACUGAUGAUCCUCCCUGCACACUGACUG